AUGCUACCUCCAUGUCCGAAGAAGAAGUCUCUCAUCUUCUUAGGCUCUCCUCAGGUUUCCGUAACUGUGCUUGAAGCUCUUUUCGAUGCAUCUGCUUCACCAAACUCUUCCUUCGAGGUUGCAGGAAUUGUCACACAGCCUCCAUCUAGAAGAGAUAGAGGAAAGAAAGUGUUGCCUUCUCCGGAUGGUGUUCAAGAAACAGGAGUAUCUUUAGCAUUUACUGUAAGGAAGUUAGAUGCAGGGCCAGUGAUUGCCUCUGAGAGGUUCCAAGUGGAUGAUCAAAUCAAGGCACCAGAACUACUCUCGUUCUUAUUUUCUGAAGGAUCUAAGCUUCUUAUCAGUGAACUUCCCUUGAUAUUUGAUGGGUCAGCAAAAUCAAAAGCAGUUCCUCAAGAUGAUUCUAAAGCUACAUUAGCUCCAAAGAAUGAUUCAAUCGAUGAUGCACAGAUAGCUCCAGAUGAGGCUUGGCUCUCUUUUGACCAAGAAGCUUUUGUUCUACAUAACAAGGUUCGUGCUUUCGCAGGAUGGCCCGGAACACGAGCUAAGGUUGUAGUUCUUGACGACAAAAGCGGUCAGGAAAACGAGCUAGAGCUUAAGAUCAUCACCACUCGAAUACGCCAAAAUACAGAAAUGCUGAAUGGUGAACAAGAUUAUGUAAGUUUCGAGAAAGGUUCUUUGGUCUUUCCUUGUGGAAAAGGCACGGCUUUGGAGGUACUGGAAGUUCAACUUCCUGGUAAGAAAGCGAUCAACGCGGCUGCGUUUUGGAAUGGCUUGAGAGGUCAAAAGCUGAAGAAGCUAUGA